CUUAGUUUCUCUCUAGUUUUUAUUUCCUUUUUAUUUUUAUUUUUGCUCUGUUUCUCUCUCUACUGUGUUCUUCAAAGGCACGUCUUCCAAGUGAUUUCCUAAAUAAAUAGUGCUCCACGAGAGAAACGCUUUAUAGUGUUGGUUCAUCCACUUUCCCCUUCUUCUGAUCCUUUGAUUUUGCCUUUUUUUUUUCCUCUCUCUCUCUCAAAGAAUCUUUCAAUCCUUUCCGCCAUGUCCAUGGACCUGGAAUUCCCCAAAAAUCUCCCCAAAAUCCGCCUCCCUUUGCAGGUCCGAUCCCCCAAACCCUCCAAUUCCGACAACAUACCCUCCGAUCGCGACGGCGGCGGCGGCGGCGGCUGCGGCGGCGGAGAAGUUGACCGCGGCUGCCGGACGCCGACCUCGGCCGAGCACAAGAUUCCGAAGAUCGUCAGCUGUCCUGGAGCGCCGAAGAAGCCGAAGAGGCCGCCGGUGCCCUGCAAGAGGAAGUUGACCAUGGAGCUCAAGUUCUUCGAGAUCGUUAACCAAGAAGAGGUCGACAACUUCUUCCGAUCCGCUUACGAUCUCGAAGCUUCCACGGCGGCGCCGACAAAGAGGAGCUGCUGCCGGUCAGCCUGAACAACACACACCAGACGGAUGAGCCGGUUUGAGCCCUAAAUUACACCGAUUAUAGAAGAGAAAAUCAAUUUUUCUUUAAUUCUUUCUUUUUUCCCUCUCCAUAGCGAUCAGCUCUUGAUGUGUAUUAUUAAUUACACGUACAUACACAUGGAAUGCAAAUCCCCUUUGCAUCGAUCAGAGAUAAUCGUAUUCAGAUUAUCAACCAACAAACACAAUUUCCUGCACAUAUUUCUCCCCAAUUCUCACCGCCGAUUUCCUCAAAUUUGAAAUUGACUCUCUUCUCUGAUAA